AUUUCAAGUUUAAAUUUUAAAAUCUUGCUAAGAUAAAUAAACUAUAUGAAAAUUAAAUGUAAUACGCCGAGGAUAAUGUUUUGCUGUAUUCACAAACAUAAAAUCAUUCAACAUACCUAAUCGAAGAACAAAGUGCAUAUAUAUAUCAAGUAUAAAGAGACAUGCUAAUGGUCCAAGCCAGUUAAUAUGGAUGAAGAAGAUUAUAUUGAGAAUACCUGGACUUACUUUCUAUUAUGUGGUGAACCAACUUUGUACGAAGGUCUUCGAUUUGCAAGGGAUAUAAUAAUUGCGAAUCUAACGUUGCGUUUAAUUAUUCAGUGUAUAUCUUUGCCACAUAAUGGACGCCAUUGUUUAUCUUUGCUGAUUGGCACAUUUCUUCUUUAUUACAAUGUUGGAUCAGCUGUAAUAUGGACUUUAGGUCUUAUAACUGGAGCUUAUUUUGCGAUUACUUUUUUAACGUUAAUAACAAAACAAUGGAGAGGUUUUAUCAUAACAUUAUUGGUAAUACUAUUUAUAGUACUCUGCGAAGUGUUUGUUGUGAACCCAAAAAUGUGGCAACAAAUAAGAGGUAUUCAGAUGAUAGCAGCAAUGAAAAUUAUAUCUGUGGCAAUUGAACUGGACAGAGGUUUGUUCAAAGAGAUGUUGAAUCCUGUAGAGUUUGGGGGAUAUUUACUCUGUCCAGCAAACAGUAUUUUGGGUCCAUGGAUACAAUUCCAUACAUACUCUUCAUAUCUCGAUGUAAAAUUUUUAUCUCGCAGGUGGGUCAAAUUAAUUAUUAUUAAUCUUGCUCAGGCUAUGUUAUUUUUAAUUUUAUCUAAUUGUAUUAUUCCUUGGUACAUAGAUGAUGAUACAACAUUGUGGUUGAUGUCCUAUCGUGAUGCCCAAGCUUUUCGCAUGUCUCAUUAUUUUGUGUCUAGUAUGUCAAUUGUUUCAAUGUUAAGUGCUGGUUUUGGUUUAACAAAUGAUUGCCAUUUGGAUAUAGAGGUUACUAAACCAUUUUUUAUUGAGUUACCAAGGUCUUUGGUUCAGGUUGUUAUAUUCUGGAACAUACCUAUGCAUCAGUGGUUGAAAAAUUACAUUUUUAAAACAUGCCAGCCUUAUGGUCAAUUUAUUGCAAUAUUUACAACAUAUGCAAUAUCAUCACUUUUACAUGGCUUUAAUUUUCAGCUAUCUGCUGUUCUUCUUAGCAUAGGUUCAUUUUCUUAUGUAGAAUAUAAUCUUAGAUAUAAAGUUGCAUCAGCAUUGGAAGUAUGCUGUUUAGCAAAUCCAUGUGCAAAACAAUGUGAACAUAGAUAUAAGAAAAACAGUUUUAUAGCAGUUUUAAUGAAUACAUUUUUUUCUGUAAUAACAAUUAUGCACCUUGCUUAUUUAGGAGUAAUGUUUGAAGCUUCAUUUACUGUUCAAGAAUCUGGUUAUUCAUAUUAUCACACUAUAAGUAAAUGGGAAAAUCUGAAUUUCUUUAGUCAUGGCUUUGUAGCAUUUAUGUAUCUAGGAUACUUAAUGAUGUAAAUCUUGUAAUUCUAAUAAGACUGAUAUGCGCACCUUUACA